AUGGCACAUCCCACACAACUAGGUUUACAAGAUGCAGCUUCACCAGUGAUAGAAGAACUUCUACACUUCCACGAUCACGCCUUAAUAAUCGUCUUCCUUAUUAGCACACUAGUUCUUUAUAUUAUUGUAGCCAUAGUCUCCACUAAGCUAACCAAUAAAUAUAUUCUAGACUCCCAAGAAAUUGAAAUUAUUUGAACAAUUCUUCCAGCAGUGAUUCUUAUCCUAAUUGCACUUCCGUCUCUUCGCAUUCUUUAUUUAAUGGACGAAAUUAACGACCCUCACAUUACAAUUAAAGCCAUAGGCCACCAAUGAUACUGAAGCUAUGAAUAUACCGACUACGAAGAUCUUGGAUUCGACUCAUACAUAAUCCCCACACAAGACCUAACCCCAGGCCAAUUCCGUUUACUGGAAGCCGACCACCGAAUGGUCGUUCCCUUGGACUCCCCAGUUCGAGUACUAGUCUCUGCCGAAGAUGUGCUUCACUCAUGAGCAGUACCAGCCCUAGGUGUAAAAAUAGAUGCCGUCCCUGGUCGUCUAAACCAAACAGCCUUUGUCACAUCCCGACCAGGGGUAUUUUACGGACAAUGCUCAGAAAUUUGUGGUGCAAACCAUAGCUUUAUGCCAAUUGUGGUAGAAGUUGUUCCCCUAGAACACUUCGAAAACUGAUCCUCAUUUAUACUUCAAGACGCCU